AUGAAGCUCCAAUCCCUCACUCAGACAGCAAGUCUGCUGCUCUCUCUGGGCACCGCAGUAGAGGGUUUCACGCGUUCCAGGAACGACGCCUGCAAGCCCAACAACCCAUUCAAACCAUUGCCUACGAGCCACCAACGAAAUAAGACCUGUCGUGUCCCGGCCCACGGCGACGGCACUGACGACUCGCCUGCUAUUCUGAAAGCUAUCAAGAAGUGCAAUAAUGGCGGAAAGGUCGUCUUUGAUGAGGAUAAGGAAUAUACCAUCGGGACGGCGCUGGAUUUGACGUUCUUGAAGAAUAUCGAUCUCGAAAUUCUCGGCAAGAUCCAAUUCACCAACGACACCGACUACUGGCAAGAGAACUCCUUCAAACACACCUUCCAGAACUCCAGCACCUUCUUCCAGAUCGGUGGCGAAGACGUCAACGUGUAUGGCGGCGGCACGCUGGACGGAAACGGCCAGGUCUGGUACGACCUGUUCGCCGAGGACGCGCUGAUCCUGCGUCCUAUCCUGGUGGGUAUUAUCGGGUUGAAGGGCGGCACGAUCGGGCCGUUGAAGCUGCGGUACUCGCCGCAGUGGUAUCAGCUUGUUGCAAACUCGUCGAAUGUGCUGUUCGAUGGGAUUGAUAUCUCUGGGUAUAGUAGCAGUAAGCAUGAGGCGAAGAAUACGGAUGGAUGGGAUACGUAUCGCUCGGAUAACAUCGUUAUCCAGAACUCGGUGAUCAACAACGGUGAUGACUGUGUCUCCUUCAAGCCCAACAGCACCGACAUCCUCGUCCAGAACCUGCACUGCAACGGCUCCCACGGUAUCUCCGUCGGCUCCCUUGGUCAAUACAAGGGCGAAGUCGACAUCGUGAAGAACGUGCUUGUCUACAACAUCUCUAUGUAUAAUGCUUCGGACAUGGCUCGCAUCAAGGUCUGGCCUGGCAUCGACUCCGCCAUGUCCGAGGACCUUCAAGGCGGAGGCGGUCUAGGCGCGGUCUCCAACAUCACGUAUAACAAGAUGUACAUUGAGAAUGUCGACUGGGCGAUUGAGGUGACGCAGUGCUAUGGACAAAAGAACCUGACGCUUUGCAAUGAGCAUCCGAGCAACUUGACAAUCUCCGAUAUUCAUUUCAAUGACUUCAAGGGCACGACGUCGGGCAAGCGAAACCCCUAUGUUGGAACGAUUGUGUGUUCGAGUCCGGAUGUAUGCUCAGAUAUCUACACGAGUAACAUCGACGUGAAGAGUCCUAAGGGCACGGAUGACUUUGUCUGCACGAAUGUUGACACGGAACUCCUAGACGUCAAGUGUGAGAAACCGAAAAGUGAUAAGCUGGAUGGUUAA